UCAAACAAACCAUCAGUCGUCCUCUCCUACUGACUCCAUAAACUUUUUUAACUUCGUUGUGCUGUACACACCCCGAGUUCGUGUACAAUGAGAGUUUUAAUUGCUAUAUCAGCGUUAUGCGCUUUUGCUUCCGUAAAUGCUAGUUUCGAAGGCAGUUACGGUCAUGAUGGCGGUCACGGCGGUCAUGAGCUUUCCCACACAGUUGAAGUCACUAAACACGUACCGGUCCCGGUUUACAAACACGAAACGGUGCCCAUACCGCAUGCAGUACCAGUACCAGUACCGAAGCCAGUAGCCGUACCGGUACCUCAACCCUACCCCGUUCACAUUAACGUACCCCAGCCGGUGGCAGUACCGGUGAUCAAAACCAUCACAAUCCCAGUGGAGAAACCAGUACCUUACAAGGUCGAGAAAGAGGUGCCCUAUCACGUUGAGAAACCGGUACCAGUGCCAGUCGAAAAACACGUACCCAUCAAGAUCACCAAACCGGUACCCGUGAAAGUACCCGUGUACAAGGUCGUGUACCACCACAGCAAGGGCCACCACUGAUGAGAAGUUGUUGUUUCCAAAGACGCAAGGCUGAUAUACAUCGUCAUCCCUCAUCCUCAUCAUCCUCUACUCUUCGUCGUUCCUACUUCUUUUUGUUACUUGUUGUUAUGUUUUUAUACUUUUUUGUUAAUAAAUGUGAUGUUUUAUAAAUUAUAUUCCUUUCAAGAGCGCCAGAUUAAAUUGUCGAACCCUUAAAUUAGUGUUCUGUAAUGGACUUAGCCAAAACCGCCAUUACUAAUAAGUAUAAAAUAAAACCAAA